GCUUAACUCUACCUCCACCUCUCAUGCACCGCUGAAUCCUCAGUAAUCACGGCGGCCCAGGUCCCAGCGCCAGUGGUGGUGCAUCCUUGCUCCCGAUUGUUGUAGAUCACCACCAACAAUCGCAGAGCAGAUCUCCUCAACGCUUAUGCUUCAAACCACGUUUCAAAACAUACCAAAUUUCCUCGGGACCGACAACUCCAAUGGCUGUACAGGAUGCAUCACAAGAAUACGUCAAAACUGAAGCAGAAAGAGCAUAAGUUCGCGAAAAGCAUACACAGAAACUCUACUCCAGGGUUCAUGUAGUUGGGGUCAUAUGGCGGCUAUAUGCACUCCAGUUCUGAUUGCCACAAACUCUCAUGUACCGUAUCUGCCCAAUAAGUUUCAGGAGAUUUGGAACGGAGACGUAAUGCAUUGCCGUCCUUGUGGGGUUGUGGCGGGAGCGCGCCAUUUUGGAGGAGUGAAUGGUGUUGGAAGAUUUAAUGUCUAAUUUAUUGGAGUGAGCCGGAGGAUAUUUGAGAUUGGACUCCAGGGUUUUGGGGUUUGAUUUAGGGUUUUGGAGAGUUGGAUAGUCCAGGCGUGAAUUUAGACCGAGACAGUUAGUGUUUGGAAUUAGUCGACGGGAAGACCAAUGUAUUACCGAGUUUUAUGAGGUCUAGGGCAAGGGUUGUUGCACAAUUUGCGUGGAAUUUGUCAUGUGGUGAUUGAUGGCGAGUGAAAAAGCCGCUAUGGCGGUGGUAGGAGCUGAUGAGGGACGACAUGAGAGCUCUACAGAGCAAUCAAGCGUGAAAUGUAACCGGCGCGCGCUCAAGAAGAAAAAGCAGCUUCUCGCUAUAGAUAAUGAGACCAAGAAUGAUUAUUUUGAUGUCUAUGGUGCUCAAUCGAAAGCUGAAGUGGUUCUUCAACCUCCAGCACCAAACUCUAGGUUAAAAUUGAAGGAUCUGCAAGGGCUAGUGAGGUGGGUACUAGCAGAUGGAGAGAGUCCCAAGUGGAUUUUCGUGAAAAAUAUGCCGCUUGUGACGAAGGUGGUCAUGUUACACAUGCCGGGAUUGGACGCGGCGCUCUACAUGGAUCAUCCUGGUCUUUUCAAAAGCCUUAAUCAAUGUUGUGGGGUUCCUCGAGCAGCUGUUGGGUUUAGUCCUGUGGCAAAUCCAGCACAGACAGUGGAGGCCCUCUUUAGUUGCCAGAAGCCACAAUUGAAAAGUAAAAUUUUAGGUCUGAAGAGGGAGCACCCUUACUAUUCAAAUUCAGAUAGUGAGGAAGAUCAGGUGAAGGACGUUAAAUCUUCAGUCGGGGAAGUAGAGGAUGGGUUAUGGAAGCGAAGGAGGCUGGAGAAUGAAAGCUGUGGUGCGAGAUUCAACUCAAGCAGUAAGGAUCGAACGUCUUUUCCUGCUUCCUAUUAUACUUUGACGGCUCGACAAAUGCACGAAAACGGAUAUCCUAAAUUUGCUUUAGGGGAGGACAUUCCACCCGGUUUCGUGAGAACUCUUCCUGCCGCAGCGAACGUGACGCCUUUGGAGAUGAUUGCUGUGGAUUGUGAGAUGUGUUAUACACGAGAAGGGUUGGAGCUAACAAGAGUAUCAAUGGUGAGCUCACAAGGGGGUGUUAUUUUAGAUAAGCUAGUGAAGCCUGUGAAUCCUAUCACGGAUUAUAAUACACAAUACAGUGGAAUUACGGCGGCCAUGAUGGCUGACGUUACCGCAACUUUGAAAGACGUGCAGGAUGAGAUACUGAGGUCGGUGCAUGCAGAAACGAUAUUAGUUGGGCAUUCCGUGGAGAAUGAUUUGAUUGCUCUGAAGAUUUUACACUCUCUUGUGAUAGAUACGGCAUUGCUGUAUCACCAUCCGACAAGGGGGCCCAUGUGUAAGCCUGCUCUCAGAAUGUUGACCGGAAGGUACUUGAAACGAAAAAUCCAGGGCGACAAAGCUGGACAUGACAGUGUGGAGGAUGCGCGUGCGGCCAUGGAUUUGGCUCUUCUGAAGAUUAGCAAAGGUCCUGGAUUUGGAAAGAGGAUGAAACCGAAUUGUGAAAGCUUGAUCGAAGUAUUGGGACGCCAAGAUCGUCGUAGCUCAUUGAUAGAUAGAAGGCCGAUGUUGCUUCAGUAUGCCGUCGGUUCUUGUAAUGCGAUUAUCGCAAAUUCAGAUGAUGAGGUUUGUGCUAAAGCUGUGAAAGAAGUCAAGAAAACUGCAGUGAACUUUGUGUGGGCUCAGUUUUCGGACUUGCAUGCUUAUUAUGAGGAGCAGGCGCGAGCUACUCAAGAUUGGUCGGCCCGUAUGGCUGAAAUGGCUGCGAUGAUGACCUGCAGUACACUAAGUAAAUCCAAGAGUCUCACUGAUGACAGAGAUACAAACCCAGAAGCAAAGGCAGCUUGUAGAUUGUUACCUGAAGGCUUGCAAACAGUUUUGGCGAGGUUAGAUGAUCGCUUCAAGAAGUUGUAUGAUGCAUUGGAACCCAAUACCUUGCUCAUAGUAGCGACUGGCCAUGGAGAUACUGUUAGUGUUCGGCGGCUGCAGGAGCUCAAGUGGAAGUCUUUUCAAAACAAGGAAGCUAGCUCAAAGUGGACUAGGAGCAACGAAGAUGUUUUGGAAGAAUUCGCUGCUCGGGCAGAGACAAUGCUUGCUUUUACUUGUAUCAAGUAGACUUGCCUUGGAGUGAAUUGUUUCACGAAGCUCUGUGUACUUGUGUUUGCAAUAUGCACAUCAGAAAUCUUUGGAAAAAGUGCUAUGGUCGAGUGUUUUAAAAGCGAGCAGCUCGGAAUCCAAGGAAGCAGAAUGCAGGAAACAACGAAGUUAGGUUCUUGUUAUGCCCCGCACUUUAAGCGACCUAUGACGAACAUAAUAUGUCAGUCGAAUUUUAAUCUUGUCUUGAUAGUGACGGCAUUACGGUGACGAAACAAGCUACUAAACAGCAAGCUACUACAGUUGAGAUAAGUUCAGGAGUUGGCUCGUCUCCUCAUGUAUCAUAUCAACAAUUUACAGAAUGGAUCUCCUCUGGAUCCGAUUUUUGUCCA